CACUCGGGAGACAUCCUGCUUUCUGCGCGGCAGUAAGGGAGGGGACUGCGGCUCCGAAUGAUCUUCCUGUAAAAACAGCAAAAACAGGAGCGGUGGGAAGUGUCAUGUGCGAGGAAUGUGUGGAAUGAGGGUGAUUUCAAGUGUUCCCAUACUCAGCUAAUUCUAAGAGACGGACCCACGCCCCAUUUCAGAGUCAAGAUGGAGCUGCUGAAGGGACUGCCAUUGCACCGUACUUUCCUGGCUGUCAUCCUGAACCUGCUGGCUCUCACCCUCUCCACCACAGCCUUGCUGGGCAGCUACUGGUGCACCGGGACCCAGAAAGUACCCAAGCCUUUGUGUGGGAAGAGCAAAGCCUCCCAGUGCGUGGGUGUCCCCAUGCCAUCUGAUGCAGAUGCCAGCAAUGCUUCGUCUGAGGACACAGUGCACUACAGCUGGGAGACUGGAGAUGACCGCUUUGCCUUCAGAUACUUCCACACAGGGAUGUGGCUUUCCUGUGAAGAGAGCAUGGAAGGGCCAGAAGAGAAAUGCCGUAGCUUUAUUGAGCUUUCACCACCAGCAGAGAGAGGAAUCCUGUGGCUGUCACUGGGAUCAGAGAUGCUGUACAUCAGCUUGCUGCUUAUCAGCUUCAUCCUCCUGAUGGUGGAAAUUCUGCAUACUGGCAAUCCUGUCUGUGGGAUGAAGCUCAAUGCCUUUGCUGCUGUCUCCUCGGUGCUGUCAGGUCUCCUUGGGAUGGUGGCACACAUGAUGUACACUCAAGUCUUCCAGGCAACAGUUAAUCUGGGACCAGAGGACUGGAGACCACACACAUGGGACUAUGGCUGGGCAUUCUACAUGGCCUGGGCCUCCUUUACCUGCUGCAUGGCCUCUGCUGUCACCACUCUCAAUACCUACACCAAGACGAUAUUGGAGUUCAAAAGGAACCACAUCAAGGGAUACGAUGGGAGCUUCAAGGAUCACCCUCAGCACCACCAGUGCUUCAUACAGCAAAUAAGCAGCUACUAUGAGCCCAAAGGCAAGGCCUUCCAUUCAGUCUCUGAGGGAGUCGACUUCUACACUGAUCUGCAGCAGAAAAUACUACAGCGGGAACCAGAGCUGGACCUGGAUGAAGUCUUGGGCCAGACAAUCGGGGAGGAUCGCUGUUAGGGAUGAGUGUACAGGGCCAGAACAGUGGGGUUUGGAAGGAACAAGAGCUCUGAACCAAGCACUGGAACCACUGUUAGCAGGUUUUAAGGAGCUCUUCCAGUCUCUAAAGGGAGUAAGGAGGCAGGCACUGGGUCAGGGCAACUAGAGUAGAAGUUUGGGGGUCCUCCCUGGUCAUAUACAGUCUGAUGGGUGCCCUCAUCUGACAAGGGUGAAACUGGAGGGACAUGCUGGUGCGAGCUGUCUCCAAGCACUUUGAGAGUUGAGUCAGAUGUCCUAAUCCCCAGUAUUGCACUGGGGAACAGAUAGUCAGCACUAUCCAGAUGGCAAACUGCACUGCUGCGUGGUGUCACAUUGACCUUCUGUCAACACCUCCAGUUCAGUGCUGUGGUGAAGGCCAUCAGUGUUCAUAUUGAUCAUCUGCCACCCUCUCUGAACACCCUGUUUAUUCUUAAUUUCCAGGCCCAGACUCUUCUCCCUGCUCCCAGAUGAAAAGUCCUGCUGCAAAGCAGAAUAGCGGUAGCUUUCAGACAUCUCUCUCCUCCUCUUUCCUAUCUGUAAUGACUCCCACAUGUUCCUUUCAUGCUUUUUGCCCAAAAUUUCCCAUUCUGAGGUACUUUGCUGUCUGUGUCUUUUUAUUGUUCUUCACAACUAUUAAGAUUUUGGCA